AUUUAAAAUGUCAUCUGAUACUGAACUCGAGUUUAUGGUCGCUUCCUGGUCUCAACAACAACUGGAGAUGAAAAGUAAACUUGUUGUCACUAAUACCGAGCGGUGGCAAGAGGAACGGAAACUGACUUACGUCGGAGGUUUUGAUCUUUCAUUUUGCAAAAGCGAUUCCUCUGUGGCAUGCUGCACCGUUGUUGUAUGUGACGUUUCUCAGCAACUACAGGUUGUCUAUGAGGACAGUCGGCAAGUGAAACUUACCAUUCCAUAUAUCCCUGGCUAUUUAGCAUUCAGAGAAAUUGAACCUUGCUUAAAUUUGUACACAAAGCUUGUCUCAAAAAAUCCGGAAUUUAGACCUCAGGUAUUUUUGUUCGACGGGAACGGAAUCUUACAUCCAAGAGGACUAGGACUUGCGUCACAUUUUGGGGUCUACACAAAUACCUGCACCAUUGGAGUAGCCAAAAACUUGUAUCAAAUGGACAAUGUUCUAAGAGACGAUAAUCAUCUAGCCAAAAUAAAUAGUCUAACGGCGGCUGGAGAACAUUUUUUCAUCGAAAAUUUGAGUGCAAGUGGUGAAGUCCUUGGAGCAGCUCUCAAGACGACUCAGGAGGCAAAACGGCCAAUCUAUGUUUCUGUAGGACACCGAAUUGAUCUAGAAUGCGCAUUAUGGACCGUAAUGCAAUGUGUUCAGCGAUUCCGGAUUCCUGAGCCUACGCGGCAAGCCGAUAUCCGAUCUAGAAAAGUGGUUAGAAAACUAGAUGGUAUGGAUACACCUGUAAAUUUGAAUAAAACAGCAUAGAAAAAUG